ACCUUUUGCCUGCUGAUCCGGACUUUCAACCACAUCAAAUCUACGGAGACUUUUCUCUGGUCAACAGCCUUUACCAAGCACUGGCCUCAAUCUUGGCCCCCUCUUCUCACAACAAAAUCUACACCACAUUUCCCCCAAAGUGCACCAACUCGAUCAUUUUCGUCCCAAGGUUGACUAAUAGCAAUCACCCCUCAAGAUGGCCGAAACAGCAAGCGACCAUCUCUGCCACCAGACCGCUCCUUAUGUUCAGACCAUUCCAUAUAGUGACAAACGCUUGUUCGAGGCCCCUCGUGUCCAAGUACCCCCUCCGAGUCUUGACUACAGGAACGGCAGACCGUCCUUUCAUGUCCCUGGCAAUCCAUAUGACCAGACCUCCCACGAGUACGGCAACCCGAUCUUCCUCAGGGCACUGAAUGCCUGCCACGAACUGGCCAUGAACCAUAUGAUGCUGUCAUGGCACUACGAGAUGCGAAGAACCGCCCAACCAAUCCUGCCCUUUCUCUUCUUAGGACCCAGCAACCCCGCGAAAGACAUGGAUUUCAUCAGAAAGAACGGCAUUACUCUUAUGGUGGCUGUGCGGAGUUCGAAAGCGGUCCAAGCUCGACCAACAUUCCUAGACCCAAGAGCAUUCCCUUCGAGCGCUGGACUGUCGACAAUGACAGUCGACUUUGAGUAUCCACACGACUUCAUGCCUAAGCUGCGUCCGACUAUCAGAGCCAUCAACGACCACCUCGAGUCAAGUUGCACGAUGCUGCCAAUGCAAGACAUCAACGAUGUCCGAGGGAAAGUCCUGAUCUUUUGCGAGUCAGGGAAUGACAGGUCUCCAGUGCUGGUUGCUGCGUACCUGAUGUGCGUCUUUGGCGUGACAGCAUUCUCUGCCAUCCACAUCAUUCAGUCGCAGCGCUUCUGCAUCACAAUAUCGGAUGAGAUGAAGAACAUGCUCCUGGGCUUGCAGGAAAUCAUCAAAGCAGAGCGCCAGGUUUCGAUUUCGAACAGCGCGUCUCAGCUUCCUGAUGCACAACGGGGCAAGGAGGAGCAUUUGACAUCACUUCGAAGACCAGCAAAGCGAAGUGUUGAUGACGUGUAUGAGGGGGAUGUCGACAAUGGUCACGGUUCAUUAGACGGUGAGGAUGUCGCCGUUAGAGAAGGAGUGGCUCCUUUCGCAGACAUGUUCGACUGAAUGAUCCCGGCCGCAGCGUGUCAGACUUUCAGAAGUAACAAGUCUGCCAGCCUGAAAUUGGAUCUCGCGAGGUCGCACACCAAGAGAGCGCCAACCUGGCAAGGCCAUAACAGGCCUGCAAUCUUUCAGGGGAGCGCCAGGCCUCAAAAGCUAUCACUUCAAUUGGGGUGGACAUCGUCUUCCGGAGCAUCACAGUUUGCGUGCAAACAAAGCCACUUCGAACAAGCUUCGCACCCUACACCCCAAGACAAAUGGCAGGCGAUUUUAGUCGAAUUAAUCUCAGCAUCGUCACCCACACGAACGUUGAGUUGGACCGCGAGGGUCAAUCGGCGACUUG